AUGCGCAAGGAUUCUGAUUAUGUGCUUAACGGUACUGCUCGAAUACUAGUUCACUUCGCUGAUCGUUUGGAUGCUGAUCAGAUCCGAUGCAUCGUCAACACUACACAGUCAAGAGGAGUCGCCGGCGACGUCGUGUAUCAGCUGGCAGCAAAAGUACGGCCCGACAUGACGUUGGCAGACGACCUUGCACUGAAUAAGUGGCAUAAUGAGACCGCAAGGUGCCAGACAAUCAUGAAGCUGGUUCAGUCGUCUCCGAAACGAUCAGAUCUCAGUGAUCUCUUGGAUACGGUACUUUUAUCGCCUUCUGUAAAGUUGAGCAAUUUUGUUAGUGCGAUCGAUCUCAUGGACAACGUGCAAAUCAAAUCUUUUCUUACGGGUAUUUGUCGAUUUAUGAUGGAUCGACGUCGUGCACCUCUGUCAGACCUACAGCAGAUGCUGGCGAAACUGUCUUCUCGUCUUGAUAUUGCCGAUUUAGCCAUGCUGCUUGGUCACUGCUUUCCACGCCUACUGAAUAAAACAAAAAUUUUCCUCAUUAACGGAGUCUCCAUGCUUUGUAAAGCGAUCGCCACAUACGCCGCGUGUGAGUGUCUCAAUGACCCUGCAAUGGCUGACAUUCGUGACCGGUUAGCCUUGGAAAUUACGAAAGGCCCAUUAUCUCCCCUGGUUCGUUUUGAUCCGUCACCUUAUGUGCGCGACGCUGCCAGCCUUCGAUGUUAA